CCGCGCGGCGGCCAUGAUGCCUUUUCUCGGAUUCCGUCAACUUAUUUAUUUUUCAUUCAGGAUUGAAAAAAAAGGAGAAGCUGAGCAAACAUGGUGAUUUCGACAUCGUGCCAGCAAUCAGGAGCGCCACUGGCUCGAUGCUGUUAGAUGCCGCGCGGUUAGCGCUCGGAUCAAAACUAGUUUUAUGUUUACCCGAGUGACAAUGAAAACAAUAGUUAGCCGUACUAGUUAGUAGCUGCACCUUCUGACAAACUCCCGUGCAUUUACGCCCGCAAGCAUGCCCGCUCGGCCUCUGCGGAACUCUAACGUGGUGGCGAAUUAGCUAGCGCUCCGGGCGUCUAGGAUCUCGAAAGGUGGCUUUUUUGGGGAACCGAUCGUGACUAUCUGGUUGGUUUUGGACGCCGCCGACCUACCUCGUCUUGGCCGAGCAUGCUUCGGGGAGUAUACUGAAAGACGGGAGAGCGACAAAGAGUGAUCGGCCGAAGUGGGGCGACGGGACGGACCCAGGCAACGGAUUCGGUUGACCGGGGAGGGGGGCAUUUUCGGCACAACGGGCUGCAGCGCACGAUGUUCGGCGGAGCUGAUGCAUGCCAGGGUACGGUGUGAGCCGGCCGAGUGAACGCCAGGCUGCCUGCCGCCCCACAGCAUGCGAGGCUGGUGAAGACGGCAGCACGGGCAGAGCACAGGCUAGCGCACCACACCGCUUUUCAACACAUUUCUAAUGCGCACCCAAGGACUAUGCGACUCGGCACCAAAAGUUGACUGCAGAGGGGAUGUCAGGCAGUAAGGCUCUGGGGGGGGCCCGGCGACGGCGGACCCGCUGCAGGCGCUGCCAGGCCUGCAUGCGGACUGAGUGUGGGGAGUGCCAUUUCUGCAAAGAUAUGAAGAAGUUCGGGGGACCCGGCCGCAUGAAGCAGUCUUGCCUUCUCCGGCAGUGCACAGCGCCUGUGCUGCCCCACACGGCCGUUUGUCUUUCCUGUGGCGAGGCAGGGAAGGAGGACACGGUGGAGACGGAAGAGGAGAAAUUCAGCCUUUCACUUAUGGAGUGCACCAUCUGCAAUGAGAUCAUCCACCCGGGGUGCCUGAAGAUGAAUAAAGCAGAAGGGAUCAUUAAUGAUGAAAUCCCCAAUUGCUGGGAAUGUCCCAAGUGUCAUAAAGAAGGCAAGACGAGUAAGGACCAGGGCGAUGGCCUGGGGAAGCGGCGGACGGACAAUGGGGAGGUUAGCCGAUGGAAGCUUAUGGAUGAGCCUCCCCCAACCAAAAAGAAGCCCACCGCCAUUGAUGACACCGGCCAGGGAGUCCACAAGCGCAAGAAGGAGAAGGAACAGGCCCUGGAGAGUGCCCCCAAGAAGAAGGCAAAAGGAGGCAGAGAGAAACACUUAAAAAAGAAACAAAAACCCAACUCGUCCGACACCGGAGAUUCCAGCGGCCCCAACACUACGUCAAACUCGGCGCAGGGCUGUGGAGGUUUACCCAACGCCACGACCCAGCCAGCACUGCUGUCCACCAGCCAGUCAACCGACCAACGCUCUCACCAGCGGGAGAAACUCGAGCGCUUCAAGCGCAUGUGCCAGCUCCUGGAGCGCGUGCGAGAGUCCAGCUCCUCCAGUUCCUCAAGUUCUGAGUCCGACUCGGAUUCGGACACGCAGUCGGGCUCGGAGGACCGCGGAGGCUCCGAGCCGUCCACACCCAAUCCAAACAGUCACGGCGUCAAUGCCUUCAAUCCUCAGCGUGCGAAGGACCGGGAGAGGGAUUGCCGGCUGGCCGAACUAGGCUUCAGCACCAGCGACGAUUCCGAAGAGGAGGAGCUGGAGGACGCCGACGACGAUGACCAGAGAGAGACCAAGAAAGCCCGGCGUGGGAGCGACGGCGAGCCCCGGCACCACAAGCUCGAGGAAGACAGGGACCGGAAGCCACCCCUUUCACCACCUCCUUCCCCCCUCUCCUCCUCUUUCCCUGCCCCCCUCAUCAAGAUGGAGAAAGGCGGAGGGACCAAGCGGAGUAAUGGUUCAGAAACUCGGAAUGGCCGCACGAGGGCUGGGGCCCGAGAGCGGGAGGUGCAGGAAAAGGAGAAUGCUAAUAGCAGCGUAAGCACUAAUCAUCGCCGGUGCAAGGGUGUCAACAGAGGGAGCAAGGUCCACGGCAGUAGCCAGAACCAGAACCACCCCGGGCCCAACCAGCAAAACACGACUACCAAUGGAGGAGUGGGACCCACUGGCAACUCUAUCAGUGUCCCAGUGGGUUCGCAACUGGCCGCCCGCUCUCAGCUGCUGAAGCGCAGUCCCCCUGUCAUGCUCUCGCCCCCCCGGCCCAUACAGAUGGCGCGACAUCUGAUCCGCCCCCCGCCAGCCUGCCCUGAACCCCACUGCCUGCCCCUGGACUGUGGUGAGUCCCAUGUGAUGCAGCGGGACGUGUGGCUCAGUGUCUUCCAGUACCUCAACCAUAGGGAGCUAUGCGUCUGCAUGAGGGUCUGCCGCACGUGGAGCCGCUGGUGCUGUGACAAGCGGCUCUGGACUCAGAUCGACCUCAGCCGACGGCGAUCUAUCACCCCACUCAUGCUCAGUGGGAUAAUCCGACGACAGCCUGUCUCUCUGGACUUGGGUCACACCAACAUCUCCAAGAAGCAGCUCAUGUGGCUAAUCAACCGUCUGCAGGGUCUCCGUGAGCUGAUCGUCGCCAGCUGCCCCUGGUCGGCCGUGUCGGCGCUCUGCCAAGCAGCUUGUCCUUGCCUCUGGCUGUUGGACCUCAGUGGAGUUGAGGAUCUGAAGGACUCCCAGCUGAAGGAGCUGCUAACUCCACCUACUGAUAUACGCACAGGCAACGUCGAAAGCAAAGGACGAUUCCAAAAUGUGACGGAGCUUCGCCUGGCAAGGCUGGAUGUAACGGACACUUGUGCUCGCUUGUUAGUGCGCUACCUACCCCACCUGACCAAGCUGGACCUGAGUCAGUGCAGCAAUAUCACUGACCAGACCGUCCACAUGCUCACCUCGCCCACAUCACCAAUAAGGGACUGUCUCACUCACAUCAGCCUGGCAGGCUGUGCGAAGGUGACGGAGCACUGCCUUCCCCUGCUGCGCCGCUGUGCCUCACUGCAGAGCGUCGACCUGCGCUCCUGUCGCCUCAUCGCCCCAGAAGCCUGCCAGCUGCCAUCUUUCUCUUGCCCGGAGGAUAGACUACUGCUCAAGAACAGCUAACAACAAACGGAGAGCAAGAGAGAGCGAGAGAGAAGGGCACUCAGGGAGGGAUGGAUAGAAUAACACAUCUGCUAAGAGAAAGUGAAAGAGAAAAUAACCUCUUGCUAAAGUUGUGGUUUCGAAUGAGCUUUCAGAGAAGACGUGCUACAUGUUCAGACUGCACACCAGGUGUGCAUAUAUGUAAUUUACUAUAAUUUAAUGAACGUUCAUCAAACUCCUACCAGAUGGGGUCUGUACAGUGACUGAUGUCAGGCUCUCAGACUUGCACAUUUGCUCUGCAUACAGAUGUCCCUCUGUAAACCACAAAGAAUGUACAGUGAGAGGACAUAUCGGAAAACCUUGUGCGUAGAUGCUGGAUACAUGUACCGUGUGAGAGAGAGCGUGAGCGAGAGAGCGAGAGACAGCGACAGUGUUUGUGGUCAUCUGCAGACCUCCCCUCCAAGCUCCAGUGUCUGCCCACCCCCACUCCUUGCAAAAGCUUCUGCAGUAAAAGCUGAUAGGUUCUUACAAACCCCAGCCCCACAGUGAGACCACUACCUCUACUCCAAACUUGUACAAAAUUUUGCGUGGUGGUUCCUGGACACUGGUAGAUAGCUAACCCCAACUUCAUGCCGCUCUCCCUAUCCCAUGUGCCAUUAUCAGGUCAGUCGCUGCCACACACUCCCAGUCGUCGUUGGGCCCCCCAGUGUUUUUUCCAGUACUGUUGCAGUCUCCCUCCUGUGCCACUUUUGGUAUGCACUGCUGGAGUCCCACAUGUUCACCAGCAGGUGAACAUGGAGACAAGGUGUUAGAUGAUGCACUCAGACUGACCUGGUCAUACCUGACCUAACCACACUGCACCUCACUGAACUCCUUACAAAGUAACUGUACUGUACCAUUGAGGACAACACAAACCUGUUAUGGACUGUCUGAGUUAUUCUGUUUCGGAUCAUUGGUACAGAACUGAAUGAGACCGUGUAAGGCCUAUGACAUGUUUGCAAAUGUAUUUUAUCUGCUUCCCUGUGUGGUACGGAAUUACUUUGUGUGGUCUUACUGGGCUUAUCUGUAAGGCCAUUUACAGUGUUGAAGCCAAAUUGAACAGCUGACGAUCCUCUUAAGUUUUCCACUCUUCGCGAUAAUAAAACAAACUGAAUCGGUUCAGUCUACUAAUAAGUGUUGGCCAAGGCUGCCUUGCCUGCAGUUAGCUGGAGAGAUUUGUGUGUAUAGUAGUUUACGGAGCAGAAGGUGACCUGCCUCUGGCACUUGGCAUGUGAACGUAAUGCUGUUCUGAAUAUGACUAGGUGGUGGCUGUUCAGGACUGGUGUUGGAAUAUAUAUAUAUUUUUUUGUGUUGAACCAUAUUGUUGCUGAACUAUUGCACUCAUAAUUGUCUUAGACUGUACUGGGCUGGCCUGGACUGUAAAAGUGUCCUGUGUUCGACUGAACCACAUUGGACUGGACGAAUGCACUGGACUGGACCAGUAUUUUUGGCUUUUGAUAAUUGCUUGGACUUUUGCCAAAUUCUGGAAUCCUUGAAACAGGAGCACAUUUUUCCAUUUCUUAGGCUUGGGUUUGAUUUAUCAUUGUGUUUAUAAUUUACUGUCAUUGUUUCAUGAAAUUGAUAUAAAUGUAUAAUAACUGAAAAGACAAAUUGAAAGGGUCUGCAGGAUGUGAACUUCAAAAAUAUGAAUCAAGGCAGCUACUUAAGAGUAACUACUGUAAAAUGACAAACUAAAUAAAUAAAAAAAAAACUGAGUUUUUAAA